AUUAGACAGAAUACGAUACGAAAAAAUAAUUAAAUGGAAUACAACGGUUCGGAGUAUCGAUGACAACGGUUGAGAAUUUGUCUUUCCAGAUGUUUGUAUAUUUCUAACAAACUCGACGAUGUACUUGACCGAUAGAACACACAGAAGUUGUACGUCUUUAAAAUAGCGGCUAGCAACGGUGAGGUGAAGUUUUCUUUAUCACCGUGCUCCGGACUGCUUCCGGAACGCCUUCGGACGUAAUGUUCCAAAACUGAUCUAAAAAUACCGUGGAAAUCGAUAUUCUUGCGUCGAGGACCAGGCCAUACGUAACGAUACAUUUCCUUUCAAUCCCAUUGGGAGUGAUUCGAUCGAAUUAGUUCUAUCUUUUAAGCAAAUAUAUGAUCUCUUAUAAAGAAGAGAUUGGAAAAUUAAUUUUUAUUUUUGACGACGAUCGAUCAGCGUGCGUCCUGCAUAAAACCCUCUAGUUUCGAACAUUCGGAGAAGAUAUCAGAUAUCAGAUAUCAGACGCUUGUCAACGUUCAACCAGUUCAGACAUUCUCGUAUGACGCAGACAUUGUUCGACUAUCGGAUACUUCGGACAUCCUUCGAUCUUCGUACGAGGCAGAUGAUCUUAAAUAUUUACAUUUUCAAGGUACUCGUCGAUCGGAUAUUCGCGAUAUUUAUAAAUAUUCGAUUCGACUUUGGUUAUUUUCUUUACGUCGAUUCUUUACACAUUCGUACAUCGUAGCUGAUAACUUUGGUUAUUACUUAUUAGCAUAACGUUCGUAUCGACGCUGAUUAGCGGGUUACCGGAGAUUGACACGUUCUUGCGGUCUUUACGUGUAUUCGCGGUGUACACCGCUUAACGCUAAUGUUAGUCGCAUGUCUUAUUUCAAUAUUUAUAUCUCGAUAGCGAACGAAGCGAGAAACACAAGCUCUUAGCCACGUGAUUUAUGAACGUUUCAAUGUCAGAUUAUAUAUUAUUAUUAAAAAAAGAAAAAAAAAAACAGAUUUUCAUAUAUAUCUAUCGGUCAUAUUUUUCCAGAUAUCGUGCGUUAGGGUUAAACCGGAUACACUUUAUGUAUGUAUGUAGCCUGCAAAAUUCUUAAGCUAUCUGAAAAUGCAUACUUUGAAAUUCCGAUAACUGAGAUGUAUGUAUUUCUAACGUCGUUUCUUAUCACCAGUUACCCGUAACUGAUAAUCACGAUUCUAUUUCUUCUCAUAUUCACAAAGCGCGAUCGGUCGACGAAAUUUUAAUCGAUUAGGUAUAUCGACGUCGUUGAUUAUUUCCGACGUUUCAGUUACAUCGAUUACGCACACGUAUUUCGCAUCCACUUUGUCGAACGAUGCAAAUGUCGUACUCGUAUGUCUGAAAGCAAUCGAAAAACAGCUGAUUCUGCGAUUCGUAACAAUAGCGCAAUGUCCCACGGUUUUGCAUAGGCAAUUUGUUCUCGAACUUUGUCGGAAUACCAUCGUGUCGUCAUUCUGAGUGUGCGUGUAAUAUAUAAUUUUUGCCUAUAUAACAUAUAAUAAAAGAUUCGUCUAACUAUAAUACAUUUCGUUACAAGUCAGUGUUACAGUUACAAUAUUUCGCGUUUAAAUAGGAAAUAGCGCGAGAAUCGUAGGACGGAUUCGAUUAAAGUAUCGUACAAAUUUUUCGGUACUGUUUUAUAACGAUUCGCGUUUAUUUUCAUUUUCAGCUUCGAGCAACGAUGUGAAAGAUUCGAACGAUAUGUCGGUAAGAACGAAAUUUAUCGAUUCGUUGUCUUUAGGUAUACGAUUGGGUAUCAACAAGGGGAUAAAAAUAAUUGUUAAAAAAAAAAUAAACGACAAACAAGGUACGCUUUCAGUUAUAUAACCUCGCCAAAAAAGUAAUAUUCGAGACGUUGAGUCAUUUAGAUUUAUGACAAACGAAAUGUUUCGAAUUGUUUAAGAAACGACCGAGCUUGCGAAAGCGUAACUUGCUUUGAAAUUGUCGUUAUUUGUUUGGCUUAAGCGACAUAAAAUCUUUCGUCGAAAGUCAAUACAAAUUACACGUACGUACAUUGAAUGAAACAUCAGUCGAUCACGUAUUGCCGCGAAUGUUUCGGAAUUUAAAACAUUAUCGAAUUAAUAUAAGCACAGUUGCGCAGAGGACAGCUCGAUAGCAUUAACGGAGAUUUUAACGAAGGGUAACAGUCCGUGAAACACGUUUAUUAUAGUAUAGUACGAUCGAAGUACCAAAAACUUGGGAAAAAAGUAGCAUAAGAAGAUCGUUGUUCGAGGAAACUCUUCCUGGAGGAUCACCGAUCGUUUGUUAUCGAUCGAUCGAGAAGAAAGAAAGAGAAAAAGAAAGAGGAAAAAAUGUCGAGCGUCAGCAGAAUGUCCACGAUAAGGAUCGCGAUGUCGUACGGACCCGAACUGAGUUUCCUGGUGCUCCUUCGUAUGCUGAUUGGCAUGUACAGGCCGGAUAUCGUGAGUCGCGAGACCAGGGUGAAGCCGACGACUUUAUCGGAUCUUCGAAACAGCUACGAUUUUAUAAUAAUCGGAGGUGGCACGGCUGGCUCGGUGUUGGCGAAUCGUUUGUCGGAAAACGAAAAUUGGACGGUGCUGUUGUUGGAGGCUGGCGUUGACGAAAACGAUUUGUCCGACAUACCGAUUCUGUUCCCGAUUCUUCAGCUCACCUCGAUGGACUGGCAGUUCAAGACGGAACCGUCGAAUAAUUAUUGCAAAGCGAUGAAAGCUAACGCGUGCAAUUGGCCACGCGGCAAGGUACUCGGAGGAAGUAGCGUGCUGAACGCGAUGAUCUACGUCCGUGGCAACAAGAAAGAUUACGACAAUUGGCGGGAUAUGGGUAAUCCAGGAUGGGAUUACGAGAGCGUAUUGCCUUAUUUUAAGAAAUCCGAGGACAUGAGGAUCAAAGAAUACCAAGAUUCCCCUUAUCAUCGAACCGGUGGAUAUCUGGCCGUCGAAUACUUUAAUUAUCAUUCGUCCGUGACCGAUUAUCUGAUACAAGCGGGAACGGAAAUGGGCUACGACAUCGUGGAUGUGAAUGGACCUACGCAAACCGGAUUCUCCUUCUCUCAUGGGACGGUGAAAGAUGGUCUGCGAUGUAGUACCGCGAAAGCUUUUCUUCGAUCGGCUUCCCAGCGAAAAAAUUUGCAUAUCAGUACGAGAUCGAUGGUAGAGAAGAUUUUGGUGAAUGAAAAUGGAAAAACUGCUUACGGCGUGCAAUUUCAAGUAGGAUCCAAGCUCAGGACGGUGAAAGCCAGUCGCGAGGUAAUUCUAUCGGCUGGCGCGAUACAAUCGCCGCAAUUGCUCAUGUUGUCUGGAAUCGGCCCCAGGGAUCAUUUGGAACAACUCGAUAUUCCCGUGGUCCACGAAGCUGCCGGCGUCGGUAGAAAUCUUCAGGAUCACGUCGGGAUCGGUGGAUUGAAUUACUUGGUGACUAAACCGGCGAACAUCACGGAUCCAACAUCUUUCAGUUUUAACUUGAUGAGGUCCGUCAAUGCCCAUACGCUCAAUUUGUUCGUCAAAGAACGUACCGGGCCGUUGUACGCGAAUAACGUGGGCGAGGCUCUAGGUUUCAUCAACACCAAAUAUGCGAACAAGUCGGAUGAUUAUCCCGAUAUACAGCUGUUCGUCUCUUCAACGGCCGACAAUGCGGACGGUGGUCUCUUUGGCAAGAGAGAUUGCAACCUUAUGGAUGACUUUUAUGCGCGUUUGUUCGAAAAUAUCCUGUACCAGGAUUCGUACACGAUCAUGCCGCUACUGCUGCGACCUCGAAGCAGAGGAUACAUCAAGCUGCGCUCCAAGGACGUUAAUCAGCAUCCGAUCAUAGUGCCCAACUACUUCGACGAUCCAUACGAUCUCGACGUUCUGGCAGAAGGCGCAAAGUUUAUCUACGAUAUGUCGAAGACGAACACGAUGAAGCAACUGAAAACUCAACCGAAUCCAAACAGAGUUCCGGAGUGUUCGUCGUUCGGGUUCCCAUCGCUGGAUUAUUGGCGUUGUUUCGCUCGAUAUUACACGCUAACUAUUUACCACCCGAGCGGAACGUGUAAAAUGGGGCCCUCCACGGACAAAAUGGCGGUGGUCGACGCCAGAUUGAAGAUGCACGGCGUAAAUGGACUUCGAGUGAUCGAUACCUCGAUCAUGCCAACGAUCACAUCCGGCAAUACGAACGCACCGACGAUCAUGAUCGCCGAGAAAGCCGCUGACAUGAUCAAAGAGGAUUGGAAGAUUUAAGACACGGGUUCCCUUUUUCAUCCUCCAGAUAUACCGCCUAUGAGCCAUCGACGAUGAAUUUCAACGAUGUUAACGUCUACUCGAUGAUGAUUAUGGCGAUGUCAUAACAGCGAUAACGACGAUGGCAAUGACGAUAUAAGAAGAGGACAGCGAUAAACAUAGAAUGAAAGUGUUAUCCGUGACAAUCUUCGAUCGAUAUCGUCGACUUUCGACUCUUCUUUAAAACUUUAACUUUUACCAAUUUUAGAAAUUCGAAAAAUCGAUAGAUAUAGAUUAGAUAAAUUUCCAUCUUGGCACAAGAAUCGCCGUUCUUUUCCAUUCCUUCUACGCUUUCGACGAAGCUCUAGAUUUCUCCAGCACCGGAUAUCGACAUGCGCGUUCACCGACCAACCAAAUAUCCGUGAAUCUACAAAACGGUCGAUGUACGCGAUCCUCUGACAUACGAUCGCCGUUCGGAAGAGCUCCGAUACCCGUUGGCUCUUUGUUCCAUCACGCGGCCGAGGCUACAUGAACGCGAUAUGCUUCGUUUCCCCGGUAAAACUCG